GACGACGUAAAGCUAGUGGCGGGGUGGUGAUGGCUCGAUGUGCUGGAAUACCGCCGCAGGUCGGCCAGUUCCUGGGCCUGGCGCUCCAGUUUCAUAUCGAGCUUGCCCAUCUCUUCCCAUGCGUCCUGAACGACGUCCUCCGUGACAGUCAUCUUGACUGCGGCGACGCUGAUUAAAUAUUUCGCUUGCUCUAGCUGACUCUCCUGGUCUUGCACGACUGUUCGGAGCUUCUGAAUCGUCUCUACCAGUGCGUCUCCGUUGUUGCUGUCGUCCAGAUCCGAGUCGAGGCUCGUGUCUCGAAAGACCGUGGACCGGCUCAGUCGGUCGCUCAUGCGCUUGGAGUUGGUCAUCAAGUACUCCCGGAACUGGUCCAAGUCGGACCCGUUGGUCGUGGUGCCCCGAAAUAUGUCGGACAUGGACGUCGACGCGCGCAUGAGGAGGGCCUUCCGCACCGGUUUGCCCGCCUUAGACCGCCUCGCUUUCUCCUGGGACGAGAACUCGGACAGCCGUCGUUGAAUCUCUUGAUCCACUUCAAACUCCCGCGCCAUGACCAGGUCUUGCAUCUUGGCGUCGUACUGGCCUUCCAGGUGCUUGGUGCGCUUGCUCACUUCUCGCUCGAUGUGCGCCUCCAGAUCGGCCUGCUUGGUCGCUUGGUCCGCCAGCUUGAGCUCGAGCGUUUGCAGCCGCGAUUGCAGUUGGUGCAAGUCGGCGCGGGAGAUUGUGAGCAAGUCGCUGUCCAGUCGCGGCUUUUUCUGCUUGGGUUCCUUCGAUCCGACGUGGGGAUGAAGGAGGUGGUCGUCCUCGUCUUCGUCGCUAUACCGCAGAGGAAACGUCAAACUCGUGGUGCUGCUGGUGGCGCUUUCGGCAUCAUCGUCAUCGUCGUCGUCCAUGAGCACGUUGUCCUCGCCGCUCUGGUUGAGGGUCGCAAGGGACAGACACAUGCGUCGGAGGGCGCGCUUGGCCUGCAUGGCGGCGAUCUCGACCUCGGACACGUCGCUGUCUUCUUGAAUCGUGUUGAUGGGAGAGUUUGCAAACGACUUUUGUUUCUCGAGCGGUCGCGGGACAGGCGCUGCAAGCGACGCGAGCUGCUGGUUCAUCGUGCUCGUGCUACUAUCACGGCUGCUGCAAUAUGUGCUCGCGGCACUGGCGGAGCUCAUGGUGGUCAUACGACACUUGUCGUCGAGGAGUUGGGACUCCCUGCACCCGCCUACGAAGCUGUUGUUGUUGCUGUUGUCCCGCGCUGCUUGUGAAUCGUCGAGGUAGACUGUGGACUGUCGGUUCUUGUAAGUCAUUGAAAAACUCAGCUUGGAGUAGUUGGCGAGACCUGGUCCGAUGUUGUUGGAUGAAAACGAGGCACGCGCGGAGUUGGAUCGAGGGAGCGAGCGGUGCAUGGAGCUGUCACGAGGAAGGCUCCGAUUAGAGCUGUAUACCGCCGAGUCACGUAACAACUCGGUGGGAUUGGGAUUCACACUGUCGUGGGGCAUCCGCUGUCGACGGCGUUGCUACACGGAUCGAGUUACUCACCUCGAUGGGAAAUGCGGCCGGUCGAGUCGCCCGGCCAUUACUAUACAUCCGUCGAAGC